GAAGUAGGGCGAGCUGUGACAGCUCCCGGGCGAGGAGCGUGUGAGUGGCUACUCUUGUUGAGCGAAGCGAAUGUGACGGAGCAUCCAGUACACUGAGCGCCGCUCUCUAAAAGAUUCUGGUGCCGUCCAGUGCCUUCCAGUUCACAAAGUACAGUUGUGAAGAUAUUUGGAUGUAAUGUUGCUACUGUGCCUUUUCUUACUCUCAGUACUUUCAAAUGUCACCAAUGGUGCAGUGUCCUGUUACAGUGACAAUGGAGAGCCGGUUGACUGGUUUUUUUUAUAUAAGCUUCCCAACUCAGAGAAGGAGUUCCCCUCAGAAGGCCUACGCUACAUGUAUCUGGAUUCCACAAACCGCUCCUGGAGUGUAGGAAUGAAACUCAUAAAUGAAAGUGGUGGGGCAGUGCAGAAGACUCUGGAGCAGCUGUACAAACUUGGCAAGUCUGGUGAUGUGGCAUAUGUUCUAUACAAUGACCAGAGUCCAAAAAGUAUGGUGAACAAGGCAGUUGGAAAUGAAUAUGGACACACAAAGGGUGUUGUGUUACUGGACCAAUCUCAGGGAUUUUGGCUUGUCCAUAGCACUCCUCAUUUUCCCCCAGUGAUUUCAGAAGGCUACUCCUAUCCACACAGUGGGAUUCACAAUGGUCAGAGUUUCCUUUGUGUCACCUAUCCUUACAAAGAGUUUGAUUCCAUAGGGGAGCAGCUGCUCUUGAAUCACCCUGAAUGUUAUGAAUCUUCUGUCCCAGAAACCUUUGAAACUGACCUCCCAACCCUCUUCAAAUUAGUUUCUGGAGGUACCAUUGAUACUCCACCCUGGAACCGACAGACUGAUCUUACUUCUCUUGGUGGAACUACUUUUAGCAGCUUUGCCAAAGGUGGUCAGUUUGAAGAUGACCUCUAUGCAGCAUGGGUUGCCCCAACUCUGGGCUCGAACCUGCUUGUUCAGUUUUGGCCUAAUUCUGUUGGAGUGUUGCCUUCUAAUUGUUCCCUGCCACAGCAUGUAUACAAUAUUAACGAAAUCAGUUUUGAAAGUCAUCAUGGGAAUACACAGGCUGGGAGCCAUUCUGGUUUUAGUACUCAUGUGGAUCACUCCAAGUGGUGUGUGAGUGACCAAAAUGCCAACACAUGGAUUUGUGUCGGUGAUAUCAAUCGAAACCAUGGGGAAGAGCACAGGGGAGGUGGGACAGUCUGCUUGAAUGACCAGGAAGUAUGGAAGUCAUAUAGACAGUUAGUAGUCAAAUAUGAGGACUGUGCAGAUGACAGUAAAUUAUAAGGGAAACUGGCUUAUCGAAAUGGAAAUAAUCCAAAGUGAUGAUCAAGUAUUUGAGACAAGGGGAAACGUAAGUAUGAAUACAAGCACUUUCAAGGCAAAGUGGGUUAGGUACAAGGAAACAUUAAAGAAGAAUAUUCAACUUAGUUUUUAAUUCAUGAGGUGCUAGUCUGUGGAACAUUAACUACAGUACAACCUUUUAAGUUUGUGUUGUUUGUAAAAUAUAGCUAGGGCUUUAUCCUCACUGCUCUGACUGUGUGUAUUGAGAAGCAGUAUUUUCAGAUUAGUUAUUUACAGCGAGGACUUGGAGAUUUUUUUUUCUACUUCAUCGGACUUUCUCCGAUGUGUACAUUUAUAAGACUCUUUAAAUGCACUUUAUAACUGGUUGAUAUCUUGUCAUUGUAGUGUGCUAAGUGACUUUUUGUUUCCCUCAUGGAGAAAUAGAGGCUGUUUUUCAGGUGUUGCAAAAUUUUUUUUUCCAGGUAAGAUUGUCAGAAAUUGCAUAAAAAUCACUUUAGACUGAAAUUUACUUCAUUUCAGACAGUAACUGUUGCCCUUGCAAAUUACUUUAAGCAAAUUCUAAGCAACACUUGUUUAGCUUUGUUUUCCCAAACUUGGUGUCAGCCUCCUCAUGCAGUAAAACAAGAAGGUAGCAGGUCAUUGUAGCUCAUUGGAGAAUUAAACACCUCUGUAGCCUGGAACAAAAAGAAACUGGAGAAUAAAGAAGUCAAGUCCUUCCAUUAGUAAACACAUUUAAGCCAGUUCAGUUGUGUGGGCCGGAGACCAUCCCAGCAGCACUGAGUUUAAAGUAGGAACUAAACUUGGAUGGGGUGCUAAACCAUUGCAAUUUUGUAAAAAUAGUAAAACAAAGGUGUGUAUCAUAUCUUUGAAUGGAGCUGAUCAGAGUUAAACAAA